AUGUUGUGUGAAAUUAGCGUGUGGGGCAACUUCAUGGCCACUUGGACACUGCUGAGUGUCGCUGGUCUGUUCUUUAUCCUUCUUCUGUCAGGCAUCGUGUUCGUCAAGUACUACGUCAAACCUACAUACGAGAUGUGGAGAUGGAAGACCAAUCCAAAGUACCCAUCCGCAGAAAAGGUUAAGGAUGAGAUUAUUAUGAUGUUGAAGGGCAUGGUCACUGCGACUUUCUGCCCAGCUUUGGCCUUGCAAUUGGCUCAGCGUGGUGCCUCAAAGGCAUACUGCGGUGUUGGUGAGUUUGGUUGGGGAUACCUGAUCGCCUCGUUCUUCAUCGUCUGGAUCGCCUCGGACUUUUACGAGUUCUUCUACCACCGACUCGGCCACAAGUACGACUUCUUCUGGAACAUCCACAGAUAUCACCACCAGUUCUACAACCCAUCGCCAUUCGCCGUCAUUGCCGACGAGUACGUCGACCAGCUGGUACGCUCUGCUCCCCUGCUGCUGUUCCCAAUGAUCGCCCCAAUCAACAUGGACAUGAUGUUCCUGCAGUACGCCAUCUUCUUCUACGGCUACGGUUCCUACUUGCACUGGGGCUACGAGUUCAGCUGGCCCGAUGCACAUCACCCAGUGAUCAACACCGCCUUCCAGCACUACCUCCACCACGCCAUCUCGAUCAAGAACCGUCCAUACCACACCGGUUUCUUCUUCAAGCUCUGGGAUCAGCUGUUUGGCAGCGUCUACACCGAGGCUUGCUUCUGUGCCAAGUGCGAGCAGGCCAAGGGUGAGCGCAGCGUCGAGAAGUGGAAGAAGGUUGAGAAGCCCGACUACUCUGUCCUCUUGAGACCAGCUUUCUGGUUUUCACCUUCCACAGGAAAGAAGGACGAGUAA